GUCGAAACAGGUUGAGACACGCCCUGAUUGGUCAGUUUUGCCCAAGAGGACGUUGCAAAAAAAGUGAAGCCCGCGUCCUUGACGUCCAACGUCCGCACAGACAAGUAUCCUCUCCCGGGAGAAUCCAACAUUUAUUCGCCGGAGAGAAAGAUUAAAUCCAGGAAUACGAAUUGCUCGCCAUUGGCGCUCAUUCUCCAUCCUUCGCAGAUCCAUUUCAGAACCCUAGAUUUUGCUGUGUAAAUAGACAUCCGAAGUGUCGGGUUUUGAUCUCUGUGCCAGCAGAAAUGGCGCAUCGAGGAUCAAAAUUGCUGAUCUUGUUAUCACUCUUGUCUUACUCUCUGAUUGCUAUAGCAGCUAAGAGUUAUUACGACAUCCUGCAAAUCCCAAAAGGUGCUUCGGAGGACCAGAUCAAACGAGCGUAUCGAAAGCUGGCACUGAAGUACCAUCCUGAUAAAAACCAAGGAAAUGAUGAUGCGAAUAAGAAAUUUGCGGAAAUAAGCAAUGCUUAUGAAGUACUGUCAGAUAGUGAAAAGAAGAACAUUUACGAUAGAUAUGGGGAAGAGGGUCUUAAACAGCAUGCUGCUAAUGGAGGAGGCCGAGGAUCCGGAAUGAACAUCCAAGACAUAUUUAGCUCCUUUUUUGGGGGAGGUGCUGCGGAAGAGGAAGAAGAGAAGAUUGCAAAAGGUGAUGAUGUAAUUGUUGAGUUGGAUGCAUCACUUGAAGAUUUAUACAUGGGAGGUUCACUGAAGGUUUGGAGAGAGAAGAAUAUUUUAAAGCCAGCUCCUGGAAAGAGACGAUGUAACUGCCGCAAUGAGGUUUAUCACAGGCAAAUUGGCCCAGGAAUGUUUCAGCAGAUGACAGAACAGGUCUGUGAUCAAUGUCCCAAUGUGAAGUAUGAAAGGGAAGGCUAUUACGUUACUGUGGACAUAGAAAAAGGAAUGCAAGAUGGGCAAGAAGUGGUCUUUUAUGAAGAUGGUGAGCCUAAAAUAGACGGUGAACCUGGUGACCUAAGGUUUCGCAUUCGAACAGCACCUCAUGAUAAAUUCAAGAGACAAGGCAAUGACCUUCACACAACUGUCACAAUCACCUUGGUGCAAGCGCUUGUUGGGUUUGAGAAGACCAUUAAACACCUUGAUGAUCAUCUUGUGGACAUUGGCUCAAAGGGGAUAAGAAAGCCAAAAGAAGUGAAAAAGUACAAGGGAGAAGGCAUGCCGCUUCAUUUUAGUAACAAGAAGGGUGAUCUAUACGUCACUUUUGAGGUUCUCUUCCCUACGUCGUUGACAUCCGACCAGAAGACCAAGAUCAAGCAAAUUCUUGGUUAAGAUGUUUUUAAGGCCGCCAUUGUUUUUUGUGUUAAAGAGAAUCUCAAAGAACAUCAUUGUAGGGAAAGUGGUAGUAAGCAUAAUUUGGUCUGAAUCCUCAUUUUACUUUGUAGUCCAUCAUUUUUACGGCUCAUGUCGUAUAUAUUUUCCACUUUUUCUAAUACCAUUAUUUACUUGCCAGGAUAGGGGACUAGUUGAUUAGCUCUCAAGUUUAUGAUGGAUUUUUUAUGCUAUAUUUUUAUUUUAAAGCAUUAUUAAUGUAGGUGAGUUGCAGGAGCUUAAAGGAGUUAAAGACUAG